UCUGCCAUGGCGCCGCGGCCGCUGGGCGCCGUGGUGCUGGCGCUGGGGGGCGCCGCGGCCGUGCUGGGCUCGGUGCUCUUCCUCCUCUGGAAGGCCUACGGCGGCCGCGGGCGGGAAGGCAGCCGCGACGGCGCCGAGGAUCGGUGGGGCGCGGAGCCUGGCCGCUUCCCUGAGUGGGACGCGUGGGACCCCGAGGACGAGGAGGCCGAGGAGCCGGCGCUGGAGGAGCUGGAGCAGCGCGAGGUGCUGGUGCUGGGUUUGGAUGGCUCCGGCAAGACCACGUUCCUGCGCGUGCUGGCUGGGAAGCCCCCGCAUGAAGACCAUGUACCCACCUCGGGCUUCAACUCAGUGCGUCUGCCCACCAAGGACUUCGAGGUGGACCUGCUGGAGAUCGGUGGCAGCCAGAACCUGCGCUUCUACUGGAAGGAGUUUGUGAAUGAGGUGGACGUGCUGGUGUUUGUGGUGGAUUCUGCAGAUCAAUCGCGCCUUCCCUGCGCCCGCCAAGAGCUUCACAGGCUGCUGGACAAGGACCCCGACCUGCCAGUGGUGGUGGUGGCUAACAAGCAGGACCUAAGUGAAGCAGUGAGCAUGGUGCAGCUGCAACAGGAGCUGGGUCUGCAGACCCUCGACAGCCAGCGCGAGGUCUUCCUGCUUGCUGCCAGCGUGGCCCCCACGGGACCCGGCUUUGAGAACCCGGGCACCGUGCACAUCUGGCGGCUGCUGCUGGAGCUGCUCUCCUAGGCUGCAGCCAACGGGACCAGCCUGGAGCCACCAAGAGAAACCUCUCUGGGGCGGAGGCCACGUGUUGAGGCUGU